AUGAGUAUUUUUGAAUCGCAAAAUGCUAUUGAGGAGAUGAGAAACAAUAUUGGGAGAUAACAAAAUUUAUCUAAUAUUUAUAAAGAAGUAGGAAGUCCUUCAGAACAUUCUCUGUAAAGGUUUAAAUCUAAUCAGAUAAUUAUAGUUAUUUUUCCCCUAGCAACAGUUUUAUGAUGGGUAGCAAAAGUAAAGUUCUAAUAAAUAAAUCUAUCGAGAUUGCUACAACUCAACCAUUAGGGUAUUAAUAAUAUAAAUUAAGACUAACUCGAGUAUGGAAGAGUAAUGGUUUAAUCAUUAUCACAAUGAUAAUGAGAUUCUUAUACACAUUGAAAUUGUAAACAGAAUCAAUGAAAUACAAACUUUUAAACAAAAGGAUAUUUACAAUUAUUCAGGAUGUUUCAUCAGAUUAUUUAAAUAUUGUACGUUAUAGAAAUAACAAAUAUCAUAUAAAGGGAAGGUCAGAAUUGCAAGUGCAAUAUUCUUUGUUUAAAAAAUAAAUAAGAUCAAUCUUUGAAUAUUAUGGGGGUUUCAUUCCAAUAUUUUAACCAGAUCAAAGAUUCAUAAUGUAUUAUGAGUUUUGCUUUAUUAUUUCUAUCCUAUUAAACUUAUUCUAUGUACCAAUAAAUGUCAGUUUCUUAAAUCAUGAUAUCUCAAUACUUUUUGACGCAUUUCCAACUGUUUUACAAAUCAUAUGGAUUUUAGUUUAAUUCAACCUUUCAUUCUAUGAAGAUCAGAUAAUGAAAAAGAGUAGAAUUGAUAUUGCAAGCAACUAUGUGAGAAGCUAUUUUUUAUUAGAUUUGUUAAUAGUUUUGACAACAUAUUUAUAAAUACUUUAUGGUUAUUUCAUCCCUUUAAUCUCAGUAUUUUUAAGGAUACCUCUAUUGAUACGUAUAUUGGAUUAAUUUGAAUAUAAUACAAAUUUUAAAGAAAAUUUGGCUGCUGUAUUUGAUUUAAUUAAAUUGAUUGUGAUGUUAAUUUUCAUAAUUCAUUGUUGUGCAUGUAGUUGGCAUUUUUUAGGAGUGUACGAAAUGGAACAUUAUGUGGCAGGAAAGAAUUGGUUAGAGUACUAUGAUAUUAGUCAUUUAAGUUGGAUAGAGCAGUAAGACUAUCAUAUUUAACUAAAGAUACAUAGCAUCCUUAUAUUUCAGUGUAAUCACUACCUUAACAGUUGGAUAUGGUGACCUAACACCUCAAUCUGCAUACGAACAAUUAUUUGUAAUAUUGGUUGCUAUGAGUCUUUGUGGUAUGUUAGGUUACACAAUUUCAAACAUUGGUGAAAUCUAUAGAUCAAUGAAUGAGAAGAAACAAUAAUACAAAACUUAGAUGAAAGCCAUUGAGUAAAUUAUAAGACAACGCAAAUUAAAUGAUAAGUUAUCUAUUAAAGUUAGAAAAUAUUAUUAACAUUUAUUUUAAUAAGAACAAUAAGAAAAUUCAUUAGGAGAAUAAUUACUUACUAAAUUAACCAAAAAUCUAGAAGAAGAAGUAAUGAUAGAUUCUUAUAAAACUAUUUUAAUGAAUUCCUAUUUAUUGAGAUAAUUUAAAGAUUCUACAGUUGAGUAAUUAUGUACAAAAGUUAAAGUCAUUAAAUUAUAACCUGGAGAUGAAGUUGUAAAAGCAUAAUAAUUUGCUGAUCAUUUAAUCUUUCUCUUGAAUGGAGAACUUACUUUAAUGGGACAUAAUUCAAGAUAACCUAUUGUUCUAAAAUAAUUAACUGGUGGUACUGUAAUUGGAGAACAAGAAUUUACUGAAUAAGGAUACUAUGAUUAUAUCAUUAUAAGUUAAGGAUACAGUAAGAUAGCUGCUAUUUCUAGAGCUUCAUUUUAUGAAAUAUUAUAGUAUGAUAGAUAAGAAUUCGAGAAGAUGUGUAAAAUUAGAGAUUAAUAUAAAUUUAGUGUAAGGAAAAAAAAUGUUAUUGGAAGGACAUGUGAAAUCUGUGGAUGGACUCAUGGGUACUUGCAAUGUCCUAUGACAUUUUAUUAAGUUGACAAAAUGAAAUUAUUGACUCAUCAUAGAUAAAAUGAAGAUUAAGAAAGGAAAUAUUAUAAAGAUUUUAGAAGAUCUAAAAAAGUUAAUACAUUAACAGAAUUAUCACAAAUUCAAAAUGCUUGUUUAGAUUUUAUGGUUAGUUAAAAAUUAGUUGAUGAAAUGUAUGUAUCUAUUUUUAUAUAAUAUAAUUAGACCAAAUUAUGAUUAAAAUGAAGAAGGUACUUAAAGAAUGAGAGUAAAUAUAUAAGAUUUAGAAUCCUCUAAUUUUAGUUCUAGUAGAUCCAUUUAAGAAGAUAUUAAAGGAAAUGUAAAUUCUAUUAUGAAAUCUCCUACAAAUAGUUCUAGAUUUUAAUUGAUCUGUAAAUAGAUUGAUUAAUAACGUGAGUAACUUUAACAAUCAACCUUUGCCAGAAAAAAUUUAAAGAAACAAUCCUUGAUUGUGGAUCACAAUUUUAAAAGAAAAGAAAAAGAAGAUGAUUUCAAAGAAUAUAUUGAUGAAAUUUUAGAGAAAUUAAAUAUACAUCAAAAAGAGAAAGAGAAGUCAUUAGUUACUACUCAUUCUAAAGUUACAACCUAUAAUCCUGAUUUGGAGUUUGAAGUUAUGUAAUCUUAUAAAUAUUACUUUCCUCAAUUUAAUAUAGAUAAUAUACUUGAAAGAGUUAAUUAAUCCUAUGAAAAAUUUAUGCAAAAAAAUAAGAAAAAUCCUAUCCGUAUAUUUGUUAAUCGUAGAAAAAUGAAGAGAAAAAUUAUGAUUUCUGAUUGA